AUGCAAUGUCGUUUGCUAUUAGCAUUGGUUUUGUGUCUGCUCAUCAGCAGGACGCAGGCACAGCUCAUUGGCGGCGAGGAUGAUGAGGAGGAGGAGGAAGAGGAGGAGGAGGAGGAGGAGGAGAGCAUCGAAGAUGAGACGCUCGAGGAAAAGCUGCAACGCAAAAACAUCAAGCAGGACUCCAACCUAUCAGUGGAUAAAUUAAUUGCCAAAUAUGGCUACCAAGCGGAAGUGCAUCAUGUGACCACAGACGAUGGCUACAUUCUAACAAUGCAUCGCAUUCGUAAAAAGGGCGCCCAACCCUUUCUGCUCCAGCACGGACUCGUUGAUAGCUCAGCGGGCUUCGUUGUCAUGGGCCCGAAUGUGAGUCUGGCCUAUUUGCUGGCUGACCACAACUAUGACGUCUGGCUUGGUAAUGCUCGGGGCAAUCGCUACUCGAGAAAUCACACAUCGCUUGAUCCGGAUGAAUCCAAGUUCUGGGAUUUCAGUUGGCACGAAAUUGGCAUGUAUGAUCUGCCAGCUAUGAUCGAUCAUGUGCUCAAGACCACCGGCUACAAGAAACUCCACUAUGGUGGUCAUUCCCAAGGCUGUACGGCGUUCUUUGUGAUGUGCUCAAUGCGACCGGCUUACAACGAGAAGCUCAUCUCCAUGCAGGCCAUGGCACCAGCUGUCUAUGCCAAGGAAACCGAAGAUCAUCCCUAUAUACGUGCCAUCAGUUUGUACUUUAAUACUCUGGUUGGAAGUUCGAUAACUGAAAUGUUUAACGGGGAAUUUCGUUUUCUGUGCCGCAUGACCGAAGAGACUGAGCGACUCUGCAUUGAGGCUGUCUUUGGCAUUGUGGGUCGCAAUUGGAAUGAGUUCAACAGGAAAAUGUUUCCCGUUGUUUUGGGCCACUAUCCCGCCGGCGUUGCGGCCAAGCAGGUCAAGCACUUUAUCCAGAUAAUCAAGAGUGGCAGAUUUGCACCCUAUAGCUAUAGUUCGAACAAGAAUAUGUUGCUAUACAGGGAGCAUGUGCCGCCACGAUAUAAUCUGAGUCUGGUGACUGUGCCGACCUUUGUUUAUUACUCGACCAACGAUCUGCUGUGUCAUCCACAUGAUGUGGAGUCCAUGUGCGAUGACUUGGGCAAUGUGAUUGGCAAGUAUCUGGUGCCGCUCAAAGAUUUCAAUCACAUGGACUUCCUUUGGGCUGUCGAUGUGCGAAAGCUGCUCUACAAUCGCAUGCUCCAAGUGCUGGGCAAGCAGCCACAGGCAAAGGAUGCCGAUGGCGAGGGCAAAGGAGGUCUACGGAUACGAGGUCGAGUGAUAGGACGCAUGUAG